CUACUACGCUGCCAGAUAGUACUUCUGAUUGCUGUUGUAUGAUACCAUUGACGUGAGUGUUUUUCCACACCAUCUUAUUAUCGCCCAUGUUUUCUUUUCCACUGAAGCGAAGUUGGAAUCUUUCAAUCAGCUGGUUGAUAGUCCAGUUGACGAGACUACGAUGGCGUUGAUACGGGCAUUUGAUUUUGACCUGUCUGAGGAUUCCGCGAUGGAGCUCACUUCUGCCAUCCUCGAAACUAUUCCACGCUGGCCUGUAGACAAAGUGUUCCCGUUUUUCGACCUCUUGCGUUGCUUGGUGUUCUACAACAAAGCCAGUCUCCUCAUUUUCGAGGAGUCUCACUGGGAUUUGCUGUACAACCUGAGUUUGGGACAUGCUGAGUUACCGCAAGCAAACUGCUUGCUUGUUUUGCGUUUGCUUGCGAAUACGCUAGCAGCAGACGCUCCCAAUCUGCUGAUCUCCAAAUCUGCACCUCCAAGGUCGGUGGUCACAGUAAUUGGGUCCAGCCAAAAGCUUGUUCAUCUGGUCGACAGUACCAAGUUCGAAAUUUGCCAGCGGAAGCAACAUCAGAUAGCCCUGGCAACACUCAUCCACAACUUGGCGGUAUUCUCAUACUUAUCGACAAGUUCCUAUCCCUCCAAUACCGAUGUUCCAUAUCUGCGUAUCCUCCCGAGCCUCUGCGUUCGUAUGGGUUUCUCACUACUCAGUUUGGCUCCCACACACGGUCCUGGCGGUGUGACCCAGUUCCAUCCGGAAGCAGUCUCCACUUUGAUCCUAGGAAUCGGGACUGCCUUGAUCGCGGCCAGUCAUGGAGACAAAAACGUGCAAUCAGAGGAAAUGAUCAAAGUCCACCGUAUUCGCCUGUUAGCCUCUGCAGUAUCCACAAAUAACGGGUCAGCAGAAGAUGAAUUAGCUGCUUGGGAAUCGGUGCGACAAGUCAUCACCUACUGGUCCCAGUCAUCCGCAUGCUCAUUGAAGAUAAGAGACGCGGCUAGUUCCCUGCUACGCCUGAUGGAAU